UGUAGCAGUUUCGAGAGCGCUCAGACGCCGCGCCGAGUGAGGAUUGGCCCACGCUCUUCUGCUUCGAGUCCUCAGAGUUCACGGCCGCAGCUCGCCGCACACCUGUUCGUUCAGCCCACCCGGCGGCGCGGGGAUUCUCUGCAGGGCUUCCUCCCGCCUGCCGGUCCGCAGGGCGGGGAGAAGGGUUGGACCGUCCCGCCAACGGCACCCAACGGGACCCCAAGUCGCACCACUGAGCCGUCGCAGGGCGAGAUGAGCGCGGACGCGGCGGCCGGGGCGCCCCUACCCCGGCUCUGCUGUCUGGAGAAGGGUCCGAACGGCUAUGGCUUCCACCUGCACGGGGAGAAGGGCAAGGUGGGCCAGUUCAUCAGACUGGUGGAGCCCGGUUCGCCAGCCGAGAAGGCGGGGCUGCUGGCCGGAGACCGGCUGGUGGAGGUGAACGGCGAGAACGUAGAGAAGGAGACCCACCAACAGGUGGUGAGCCGCAUCCGCGCCGCUCUCAACGCCGUGCGCUUGCUGGUGGUGGAUCCCGAGACGGACGAGCGGCUGCAGAAGCUGGGUGUCCAGGUCCGGGAGGAGCUGCUGCGUGCCCAGGACGGGCCCGGGCAGGCCGAGCCGCCGGCCGCCACCGAGGCGCAGGGGGCUGGUGGCGAAAAUGAGCCGCAGGCCGCCGCGCCGGAGCCGCGCGAAACGGAGAAGAGCCGUCCGGAGCAGAUCCUCGACGGGGAGACUGCUUCCGCCUACCGACAGCGUGAGCUGCGGCCUCGGCUCUGCACCAUGAAGAAGGGUGCCAACGGCUACGGCUUCAACUUGCACAGCGACAAGUCCAAGCCAGGCCAGUUCAUCCGGGCAGUGGACCCAGACUCACCUGCUGAGGCCUCAGGGCUCCGGGCUCAGGACCGCAUCGUGGAGGUGAACGGGGUCUGCGUGGAAGGCAAGCAGCACGGGGAUGUGGUAUCUGCCAUCAAGGCUGGUGGGGACGAGACCAAGCUGCUGGUGGUAGACAAGGAGACUGAUGAGUUCUUCAAGAAAUGCGGAGUGAUCCCAUCUCAGGAGCACCUGACUGGUCCCUUGCCUGAGCCCUUUACCAACGGGGAGAUUCGGAAGGAGAACAGUCGUGAAGCUCUGGCCGAGGUGGCUUCCGAGAACCCCAGAUCAGCCCUGACAAGAUCCAUCUCCAGUGAUACCAGUGAGGAGCUGAAUUCCCAGGACAGCCCCAGGAAACAGGACUCCACGGCACCCUCGUCUACCUCCUCCUCUGACCCCAUCUUGGACUUCAACGUCUCCCUGGCCGCGGCCAAAGAGAGGGCCCACCAGAAGCGCAGCAACAAGCGGGCCCCGCAGAUGGACUGGAGCAAGAAAAAUGAACUCUUCGGCAACCUCUGAGCAUCCUCCCACAGGUGCCCAGGAAAGCUGGGGGGGCCUGGCCAGGCCCCAACCCAGCUCCCUCGCCCUCUGCCUCACUCACUUCCUGCCCCCCUCAAUCGACACACAAAUCAGCACCAGCAUCCCCCCCAUCGGUGAAUCUGAUUUUUUUAGAGAACUAUGGCGUUCCCUUACCUCAGGGAAGGUGAAUGUGUUUCCAUCCUGCCCCCGUCAGAAAGCAGACUCUUUCCCGCUCCUCUCCUCACUGAGUGCUUCAGCCCCUUGUCACUCCCCAGGGACAUCACUGGAACCCACAACCAAGCAAGGAUGGGGGACCCGGUGAAAGGGCCUAUUCCCUUGCAACCCCAAGUGAUGACCGAGUCCAGGGUUGAUCGAGGACUCCUGAUGACAACAUUGUGGAAUGGACAGGGGCCAUCAUCCUUAGACCUGUGGCUUGGGCAUUUUAUUUUUGUUCAUUUGAUUUUUUUUUUUUUUUUUUUUUUGAGUACAGUAUGAGUUUAGAGGGAUUUUUGUUUUCUUGAUUAACUUGAUUUUCCAGGUUGUUGCAUCCAGGACAUAGCAGCAACCUCAGCCUUAAAACUUUGUUUCUGCUCCUACCCCAGAACCCGGGGCAACAUGGGGAGGGUCUGGCUACCCCUGCCCAGCCACCCUGUUGUAAGGAAACUCCCAUCAGAAAUUCAACUGGCUUCCAAACUG